CGUGCUGUUGUUCAUUCCAAUCUGUGACGCGACCUCUGCCGUCCUCUAAUGGGCGACAUGCCUUACUUUGAUUGACGUGUGCCGGCGAUCCAAUGGGCAGGCGGGUUGUCGAGGUUGAGAGCCUGCCCCCGCCGCUCGGUGGAAACUCGGUAAUGGCGGCGGAGCUGUCAACUGACGUCCAAUGGAGUAACAUGGUGUGGGACAUGAAAACGAAAUGCACACCUAACAGAGUGCAGAAAGUUCAGUUUGUUGUCGACAAGAGAAUUUCUGGGAUGGAUGAUUCAAUUGAGUUAUUAAAGUGUAAUGAAGAUUUACCCUCCUCACCGAGAAAUGCAAACAAUGACCAGAGUAUGGAAUAUGACGAUCUUCCAGAAUUGAGAGCUGUAGAGACUGACAGAGCCAUACCUGCAGCCUUCCAGUUAAGCAGUGAAGUGUCUCAUCAAGAAUGCCCGAGGUCUCCUCGUACCGUGUGCACUUCUAGAUCACCUGAUAGUGCCUUGCCACCUUUUACAAGUGAAUCUGAUGUAAAUUGGCUGACUGAACUGGCUAAUAUAGCCACUAGCCCACAAAGUCCUCUCAUGCAGUGCACAUUUUAUGACAGAGCUCCAGUGCAUAUAGUGGCCACAAGUAAAAGUUUACAUUCCUAUGCUCGUCCUCCACCAACUCUCUCAGAAAGUGAAAUCAACCUCUCUGCUAGUCAUUGGGAAGAACAGACCACUAUAAAGCGGGAAAGGGCAAACAGUGAAUCAGAGUCUGACAUCUUCUGUAUGUCUUCUCUAUCUGAUGAUGAUGAACUUGGAUGGUCCCACUCAUGGCCACAAACUGCUUGGAACUGUUUCAUGAAAGGGACACGUCUGCGCUUCCAGAAGGGUGAUGUUAAAGAUUGGCAGGAUGUUGAAGAAUUUGCAAAACUGGAAAUUAACUCUGAAGAUGAAAAAGGCUUGAAGAACCAUUCACAAAAGAAAUACAGAUUUGGAUCUGAAGGGCUAAAAUUAGUGGCUCACACAGAAACUGUUUCCUUUGGACGUUCAGUACUGAAGUUAACCUUUGACCCUGGCAAGUCACAAAUUGGCAAAUUAAUUGCAGAGUGCAGAUUGGACCAUCCCUUCUAUGUAAAAAACAAAGGAUGGUCUUCCUUUUAUCCCAGUUUAACAGUGGUUCAUCAUGGAAUUCCAUGUUGUGAAAUGGAAGUUGGAGAUGUCUGUCUACCUCCCGGGCAUCCAGAUGCCAACAAUUUUGAUGAUUCUGGCGUUUUUGACACAUUUAGGAGCUAUGACUUUACACCACUGGAUUCCUCUGCUGUUUAUGUGCUAAGUAGUAUGGCUCGCCAGCGUCGUGCUUCUCAGACAAGUGGAAGUACCAGCAGUCCAGACUGUGAGAAAUCAGAACAGAUCACUGGCUCUGUGCCUUCUGGAUCACCACACCUGCCUUGUAAUUCAUAUAAUAAAUCCAGUAAAAGUCUAACCUCAGGGACAGCAAGCACAUUGAGCACCACAUCUCCUACAAAUAACAAAUGCAAGAGACCAAUGAAUGCCUUCAUGCUCUUUGCCAAAAAGUAUCGAGUUGAAUACACUCAGAUGUACCCAGGAAAGGAUAACAGGGCCAUCAGUGUAAUUUUAGGUGACAAGUGGAAAAUGAUGAAAAAUGAAGAGAGGAGAAUUUAUACAAUGGAAGCCAAGGCUCUGGCAGAGGAACAAAAACGCCUUAAUCCAGAUUGCUGGAAAAGGAAACGAAGCAACUCUGGUUCUCAGCAGCAGUGACCAGAAAGCUUUUGAGACCCACUUUAUCCUCUACUUUCACCAUUUGGAAUGAACUUAGAAAACUGGAUGCAAGUGAGCAAAGACUCAGUGUAUCUAUCUUUCGUUUAAGUUUGAGAUUUCUUUUGUGUGAUAAAUCUAUAUUUAGACAACUGUAAUAAAAUAAGUAUAGUUUGCUUUUUAUAUAAAUGGCUGAAAUUGAGUUGUUGUAAAUCAAAGCAUUUAAUCUUUCUGACUUUUCUAAAACUAUUGCAUGUUGUAAAUGGCCAUAAUAUUUGUUCUUCCAAAGUUCAGUCAAAGGUUAUUUCAGGUAAAUAUAGCUUUAGGCUUGAAAACUUUGUACUAAAAUCCUGUGGUGCUAAGGUAAGGGAGGAAAAAGUAGGUAUAUAAAGAUGUCUAUUUUUAAGAUUGUAAAUGGGUAAAGUUUAAAGUUCUGUAUAACUGCUGUUGUAUCAUGAUCUGUAUCACUCACUAUAUUGCACAAUUUUAAUUCAAUUAACUUUAUUUGCAAACGGUGGGGGAAUUAGUAUAUGUAGCAGGGAUACUCCCAAAUUUACUUUGUGGUGUUUUAGCCAACUAAAGUUGCCAUAAAACUCGAGGCUUGUAUUCAGAAUUGGGGCACAAGCAGCACUUGGGCCACAAUUGUGCUAAAAACUAUUGCACUUUAAUGUUUCUUGCAACAUUAUGAAAAGCGAGCACAUGAAAAUGACUCAUGCAAUGUGACAUUCUCAUGGAAUGGCAUUUAUGCCAUGCAGUGUUGAUAAUACAGUCACAGAUCAACAUUUAUGCAACUGCUUUAACUCAAGUAAAUUUAUGUCUUUAUACAUGCUGUUGUCCCACAGGAACUCUUGCACAAAAGUACAAACUAUUUUUAUUGUAUUCAAGUUAAAAUAAAUUUGUAAAAUUUUAA